UUAAAGCCAGGUGCGCGGAGUCAGCUCGCCAUGUCCAGAUCCGGGGACAGGACCUCCACCUUCGACCCCAGCCACAGUGACAACCUGCUGCACGGCCUCAACCUGCUGUGGAGGAAGCAGCUCUUUUGCGACGUGACCCUGACGGCCCAAGGCCAACAGUUCCACUGCCACAAGGCCGUGCUGGCCUCCUGCUCGCAGUACUUCCGUUCACUCUUCUCCAGCCACCCCCCUCUCGGGGGAGGGGUCGGCGGCCAGGACGGCCUGGGGACCCCCAAGGACCAGCAGCAGCAGCAGCAGCCGCAGCAGCAGCCUACACAGCAGCAGCAGCCGCCACAGGAGGAGCCCGGGACUCCUUCCUCCUCCCCCGACGACAAGCUGCUGACCAGUCCCCGAGCCAUCAACAACCUCGUGCUGCAGGGCUGCUCGUCCAUCGGGCUGCGCCUAGUGCUUGAAUACCUCUACACGGCCAACGUGACCCUCUCCCUGGACACCGUGGAGGAGGUGCUGUCGGUCAGCAAGAUCCUGCACAUCCCUCAGGUCACCAAGCUCUGCGUUCAGUUCCUCAACGACCAGAUCUCGGUGCAGAACUACAAGCAGGUGUGCAAGAUCGCCGCGCUGCACGGCCUGGAGGAGACCAAGAAGCUGGCCAACAAGUACCUGGUGGAGGAUGUGCUGUUGCUUAACUUCGAGGAGAUGCGCGCCCUGCUGGACUCGCUGCCACCCCCCGUGGAGUCGGAGCUGGCACUUUUCCAGAUGUCCGUGCUGUGGCUGGAGCACGACCGUGAGACUCGCAUGCAGUACGCACCCGACCUCAUGAAGCGCCUCCGCUUCGCGCUCAUCCCCGCCCCGGAGCUUGUGGAGCGGGUCCAGUCUGUGGAUUUCAUGCGCACCGACCCGGUCUGCCAGAAGCUGCUGCUGGACGCCAUGAACUACCACCUGAUGCCCUUCAGGCAGCACUGCAGGCAGAGCCUGGCCAGCAGAAUUCGCUCUAACAAGAAAAUGCUGCUGUUGGUUGGAGGGUUGCCUCCUGGGCCGGACCGACUCCCCAGCAAUCUGGUUCAGUAUUAUGAUGAUGAAAAGAAGACAUGGAAAAUACUCACAAUUAUGCCUUACAACAGUGCCCACCACUGCGUUGUAGAGGUGGAGAACUUCCUGUUCGUGCUGGGUGGAGAGGACCAAUGGAAUCCAAAUGGAAAACAUAGUACAAAUUUUGUCAGCCGGUAUGAUCCCCGAUUUAAUAGUUGGAUCCAACUUCCACCCAUGCAAGAAAGAAGAGCCAGUUUCUAUGCGUGCCGCUUGGACAAGCACCUGUAUGUGAUUGGUGGGAGGAAUGAGACCGGCUACCUCUCCAGCGUAGAGUGCUACAACCUGGACACAAACGAGUGGCGCUACGUGUCCUCUUUGCCUCAGCCUCUGGCGGCCCACGCAGGAGCAGUGCACAAUGGGAAGAUAUACAUUUCAGGAGGUGUGCACAAUGGAGAGUAUGUCCCAUGGUUGUAUUGCUAUGACCCAGUCAUGGAUGUCUGGGCCCGCAAACAAGACAUGAACACAAAACGCGCCAUCCACACUUUGGCUGUGAUGACCGAUCGCUUGUAUGCAAUUGGAGGGAAUCAUCUGAAAGGUUUCUCCCACCUUGACGUCAUGCUUGUGGAGUGCUAUGACCCAAAAGGCGACCAGUGGAAUAUUCUCCAAACUCCCAUCCUGGAGGGUCGAAGCGGUCCCGGCUGUGCGGUGCUUGACGACAGCAUUUAUCUCGUGGGGGGCUACAGCUGGAGUAUGGGUGCCUACAAGUCAUCUACAAUCUGUUAUUGUCCAGAAAAAGGAACCUGGACAGAACUCGAAGGUGAUGUGGCUGAACCCCUGGCAGGUCCAGCCUGUGCGACGGUCAUUCUACCAGCUUGUGUACCCUACAACAAAUGACAGCGGGAACCCCCGGCACAGUGCCACCUCUAGGAUGGAGC